UUCGCCCUGACAUACUCACACACGCAUAUUCCACGCAGACACACACUCCGCUAUACAAUGGCAGAAUCCCACCUGCAAUCAUCCGUGAUCACAGCCUCACAGUUUUUCGAGAUCUGGCUUCAUUUCGACGCUGACGGAAGUGGUUACCUGGAAGGAAAAGAGCUUCAGAACUUGAUUCAGGAGCUCCAGCAAGCGCGGAAGAAGGCUGGAUUGUUGGCUCAUGUAUUACCCACAGAAGAGAACUUCCUGCUGCUCUUCCGAUGCCAGCAGCUGAAGUCCUGUGAGGAAUUCAUGAAGACAUGGAGAAAAUAUGAUACUGAUCACAGUGGCUUCAUAGAAACUGAGGAGCUUAAGAACUUUCUAAAGGACCUUCUGGAAAAAGCAAACAAGACUGUUGAUGAUAAAAAACUAGCUGAGUAUACAGACCUAAUGCUGAAAUUGUUUGAUUCAAAUAAUGAUGGGAAGCUGGAAUUAACUGAGAUGGCCAGGUUACUGCCAGUGCAGGAGAAUUUUCUUCUUAAAUUUCAGGGAGUCAAAAUGUGUGGGAAAGAGUUCAAUAAAGCUUUUGAGUUAUAUGAUCAGGAUGGCAAUGGAUACAUAGAUGAAAAUGAACUGGAUGCUUUACUGAAGGACCUAUGUGAGAAGAAUAAACAGGAUCUGGAUAUUAAUAAUAUUCCAAUGUACAAGAAAAGCAUAAUGGCUUUAUCGGAUGGAGGGAAGCUGUACCGAACGGAUCUUGCUCUUAUUCUCUCUGCUGGGGACAACUAGAAUUGACGCCCAUGACCACUUACUAGCAGUACAUUGUAUCUAAAAAAUAACUGUGCACUAUAAGGGAGUAGGCUGUAUUUUGUUUUGUAUCUGUAAAUUUAACUGCAUAUAGAUAAUUAUCCAGGAUGUGUGGCACACUCUUUUCAGUUUGUUUCUAUACUCUUUGUAACGUACAUUUUUUGUACAUUUGAAAAGGAGAAUGUCUAUGCUUAGGCCAGUCAAUACACCCAAUUAAAAUAAAAUAAUCUAACAUAUUCUUGCUUCCAUAAAUAUAGUUGGACAAGAUUUCCCUAAAAACUCCACCAGGAUUAAUCUCUAAAAUCCUAGUCUCUGAUAUGUAAAUGCAUUUGUCACUGAAUAGAAGAAUUAUACAUACAUAACAAGCCAAGCAUUCUUAUUUCAGACAAUUGUAAAUCUGCCCCACAAAGUAGUUCUAAGCUGUGUUUCCAAUUAGAAGAAAUGUGCUUUUGUAUCUAAAAUACCAAAAUAUCAAUCGUUAGCUAACUAUGGCUCUAUGUGGUUAACAGUCUCACUAGGCAAGAUUUAGUCAAUUAACCAACAACACACCUAUUGCUUGAAUCCACACCAAUCUAUUGGUUCAAGUUGAUUUGAUGACAAGGAAAGGCAGCAGCAGACAAUGCAUAAAUCUGUCUUCUUCUACGUUUGUAUUUCCGAGUCUACUGUCAGAGUAUGACCUUAACCCAUUUUCUAAACAGUUUUCAUGUGUUGCAGACUAUAAUUAUUCUAGUAAACUGCUGUUUUUAUGUCACAGUCUAUGUACUAUCUGAUUAAAUUAUAUAUAUCAGGUAUCCUGGUGUUUAGUUUGCAUUCUUUCUGGAUUUUCUUUUUAUGUAGAACUGUUCAUUUCCACCAAGGGUAACUGCUGCCUCUGAAUUUUUUUUUUUUUUCUAGCUACAACAACUCUAUUUUUACUACAUAAUUGAAUUUUAAUUUAAAAUUCAUAGCACCCUGAUUGUUGAAUGUUAUAUCAUCAAUAAUUUUGUGUAUUCUGUGAAUUCUAUAUUUCAUUUUGAGAUCAGCAUUCAAAAUAGUUCUAUUUCUAUCUGCGAAUAGUUUCAAAUGAGUUAAAAAGAACAUCUCAGGAGAAAUGCUAAUGCAAUCAUUUAUCUUAUGUAGCAAGGGUGACUCUAAAACAUUCUUUUGACCCACAUCCAAGUCAUAAUUUCAUAUAUUUGUAGCUAGAAUACACUAUACUGGUUAUAGUUGACAUGUUAUGGUUGGCGAUUUCUCAUUUUUUGAUGUGAACCAGGGAACUAUGAGAGAUGUGUCUCUUUGAAAUUUAUAAAGUUACUGCCGAAGAGUUAAUGGUUCUGGGUCACUUUGAAUGUCCCCAUUCUAUAAAUUCUGCACUGAUUUUCUCAAUUCAUAUAAAUAACAAAAAAGUGAGGUCUCUCUUUCCCUAAAGAAUGAACAGAAAAGAGAUUGCCAAAAAAUAAAAUUUCUCAUAUGAUGGCGGUAGUAGACUGGCUUUGCUUCUAGUGUGUGAAUGGAAGCACUGACCUUAGGCUGAAUUUAACUACUAAGAAUAAAUAAAAAGGAAAAUAACUCUAAUAAUCUUGUAUAUUUGUUUUCUUCCUCAAAAAGUCAGUGAAUACGUAGCCCAUGAUCAAUUCAGGGAAGUGUAGGUUACUGAAAUUAAUACAGCCUAGGAAAUCUAAAUAAAUGUAAACCUGCCUGACUCAGUGCAUUAUUGGAUGCCUCAGUGAAUUAAUAUGUGCCUCUGGCAUUAAGAUUUACAAAGAAAUCUCAAAAAAUCCAAAUAUUUGUAGCUCUUUGCCCAACAGACAUAAUCAAAUAUUUCUGUAUGAAAGAUGUUCUCCAGAGGAAUAGGAAGAAUAUAUAGAAUUUUCCUACAUUUCAUCUGUAGGAAAACAAGUAUCCAUUAUAAAGUAUACUCCAUAACUAGACCAGGUUUGGUACUCUUACAAUAAUAGCAUGGAAAAAGAAAGAAAAGCAACAAGAAAAAGUCUGAUAGGAGUAUAUCUGAGGGAACUUCCUAGAGUGCUUAUAGUAAUAAUGGCAACGAAUCCAGCACCUGGCCUAUCAUGGUGGACUUUAACUCCCAAGCACUACCAGGAAAAGAAAUUCUUAUAACUCAGCGAAAUCAGUCACAAUUACAUAUGAGUGACAGGCCAGCCCCCUGGAGCAGAGAACAGAAUGAAGAAUGGAAGAUGAAUCUGAAAGGGCAAAUGGAAGAUAGCUUAUAUAAUGCCUACCUCAUAUCACAAAAUUCAUUCCAAGUAUAUUAUUAAACAUAAAUGGGAAGUAUAUGCAGACAAGAGAGUAUCUCUAAUACCUCAUGCAUGGAAAAAUUCCUUAAGCAAUUAUGAAAAAACAGAUUGAGAAAUUGGACUCUAUUAAAAUUAAGAACUCUGUUCCCAAAAAUAUACUAUUAAGAGAGUAAAUUUGUUUGUAGUUUGAAAAACCAAACAUCAGAGUGUGAGAAGAUAUUUAUGUUGGCUCACAACCUUGAGAGUUCCCCAGGUGAAAUCUGAAACUGGCCCCAGUACAUGGAGGACAAGGAGAGACCUAAGAAAGAGUCAGACCACUCCAGAUUGGCAGGUGGCAGGUUUAAUAAGCAAGGAAACCUAUGUACAAGGUUCGGCUUGGGUGUAAAAUGAGUAGAUCUCUACACCUGCCCACCAGAAUUUAAAGUUUCUAGAGCCUUUAAACUGGGUUCAGUCAUAGUUCAAUCCAGAUGGUCUCAACAGCACCUUACUCACUCAAGGCUACUUCCUUGAAAUAGCUCUGGCUGUGGGAACGGUGGCUCAAAUCUACAUUCCAGAACGAGGGAGGGAGUGAGGAGCCUAGAUUCAGCUCUUGGGUCGACCUGCAGUCACGUCCUCUCGAUGACCUCCUCCAACAAUUUGUAACACUGACAGAGGUACAUAUCCAAAAUAUAUAAACAUUAUUCCUAAAAAUAAUGUUUAUACAUAACACAACAGAAAAUAUAUAAGAAAGUUGAAUGGGCAUUUCACAAAUAAAGGAUAUCUAAAUAUCCAAAAUAAAAACUAAUCAACUUUAUUAGUAAUCAAGAGAAAUACAAAUUAAAAUAAAUGAAAUACUACCAUGCACUCAUCAGAGAGGCUAAAGUUAGAGAUUUUUGAAUGCUAAAAGUAUUGAUGAGGAUGUGGCACAAUGGAAAUUUUUACACACUGCUUGAUGGGAGGUUGUGAAGACUUCGAAAAGCCAUUUGGCGGUAUCUACUAAAUUUGAACAUAUACACACUUCACAGUCCCGCAAUUUCACUUCUAUGUUUUAUC